CGCUGCCUCCCUCCCCUCUCUCUCCGGCGUCCACCCCCUUUAUGCCCCUCGGCGAUCGCGCUCCCCGGUAGCUCCCCGGUCGCCGGCGACGAACAGCCGAGGCUCCGUCGAUCUGAUUAUGAAGAGUUACGGCGCCAAGGCCAACGGUAGCUUCGUCAACCACAAGAGCAGCGGCGCUACGAAUCGAUUCCUGCCUAACUCUCUGAAGUUCAUUUCCUCGUGCAUCAAGACCGCGUCGUCCGGCGUCAGGUCAGCCGCCGCUUCGAUCUCCGGCGAGGCUCACGACCGCAAAGAUCAGGUGCUUUGGGCUGGCUUUGACAGGAUAGAACUUGGCUCAUCUGUCUUCAAGCACGUUCUAUUGCUUGGCUAUUCAAAUGGUUUUCAAGUCCUUGAUGUUGAAGAUGCCUCUAAUGUCAGUGAAAUUGUUUCAAGGCGAGAUGAGCCGGUUACAUUUUUACAGAUGCAACCCCUUCCUGCAAAGUCUGAGGGCUGUGAAGGAUUCAGGGCAUCACACCCUCUACUUUUGGUGGUGGCAUGUGAUGAAUCAAAGAGCUCGGUUGUAAUGCAAAAUGGGAGGGAAGGUUUUCACAACGGCCAUACCGAGGAUCAAAGUGGGAACCUAAUUCUGGCUCCCACUGCAGUUCGCUUUUACUCUCUCAGGUCUCACAGUUAUGUUCAUGUUCUCAGAUUCCGGUCAACAGUGUAUAUGGUCAGAUGCAGUUCUCGAGUUGUUGCCGUGGGUCUUGCUGCACAAAUAUACUGCUUCGAUGCACUCACUCUUGAGAAUAGAUUUAGUGUCCUUACAUAUCCAGUGCCUCAGUUGGGAGGGCUAGGAAGUAUGGGAGUCAAUGUUGGUUAUGGCCCCAUGGAUGUUGGUUCACGGUGGCUAGCUUAUGCUUCUAACAGCCCAGUGACGUCAAACACAGGCCGCCUUAGUCCAAAAAGUCUUACUCCUUCUCCCGGUGUUAGCCCAUCUACUUCACCCAGCAGUGGAAGUCUGAUGGCACGGUAUGCCAUGGAAUCCAGUAAGCAGUUGGCUACUGGCCUGAUCAACCUCAGUGACAUGGGCUACAAGACCUUGUCUAGGUACUAUCAAGAGCUCAUCCCUGAUGGAUCAAGUUCUCCGGUACCUUCGAAUUCAAGCUGGAAAGCUGUCCGAGCUCAACCUCAUCCAAGUGAAACAGAUGUUGCUGGAAUGGUGGUUGUCAAGGAUGUUGUUUCCAAAGCUAUUGUAUCGCAAUUCAGAGCUCAUUCUAGUCCUAUUUCUGCUUUGUCUUUUGAUCCAAGUGGAACAAUGCUGGUGACAGCUUCAAUUCAUGGGACUCAUAUCAAUAUCUUCCGCAUUAUGCCAUGUCGCUCGAAAGCUGGAUCAGGCACUCAAACUUAUGAAUGGAGCUCUUCACAUGUGCAUCUUUACAAGCUACAUCGUGGCAUGACUUCAGCUGUUAUACAGGACAUUUGUUUUAGCCAUUACAGUCAGUGGAUAGCUAUUGUCUCUUCCAAGGGAACUUGUCAUAUUUUUCUUCUAUCCCCUUUUGGUGGUGAGACUGUUCUACAGAUGCAUAAUUCUCAUGUUGGCCAACCCACCCUUUCACCAGCUUUAUCUCUACCGUGGUGGUCUACUCCAUCAUUCAUGAUUAAUCAUCAGUCUUCUACUCCAACUCCACCGCCACCUCCCAUUACUCUUUAUGUAGUUAGCAGAAUAAAGAAUAGCCACACUGGGUGGCUUCAUACGGUCAGUAAUGCUGCAUCAUCUGCGACUGGAAAGGUUUCUGUCCCAUCUGGUGCAGUUGCUACCAUUUUUUACAGUUCUACAGCGCGGAAUCUUCCGGCCUCCCAGUCGAAGGCUCAAGCUCUGGAACACUUGUUGGUUUACUCUCCUUCAGGACACUUAGUUCAGUAUGAGCUGCUUCCACCAGUGGGAGGGGAAUCAAGUGAGGCUGUUUCUCGAAUUGCGCCAAGUUCUCCAUUGCAGAUUCAAGAUGAAGAGUUGCGGGUCAAAGUUGAAACUCUUCAGUGGUGGGAUGUCUGCCGAAGAUCAGAUUGGCCGGAAAGAGAAGAAUGCGUUUCUGGGAUUGCUCCUGACCGACAAGCUUCUGAGAUUGUAAUGGAUAUGUCUGAUUCUGAGGACACUAAUGCUGGGGACAAAGAAUCAGAAAAAUCAUAUGAGCAUUCUCACUUGUAUAUAGCCAAUGCUGAGGUACAAAUGAGCUUUGGAAGGAUUCCAAUAUGGCAGCAAUCUAAGAUACAUUUCCAUGCCAUAGGUCAUGAGAGAGCUGAAGAGCAGAUCCUCAUUGAAGAUGAUUUUGCUGGUGAAGUAGAAAUAGAAAAGGUUCCUGUUCAUGAGAUUGAAAUACGGCGAAAGGAUUUAUUGCCUGUUUUUGAUCAUUUUCAGCGUAAUCAUUCCGCUUGGAGUGAAAGGGGCUUCAAUGGGGGCACAUGUUCUCCUUCCUAUUUUAACAUGGACAAGGAGAAAUCCUUUGAGAAUGGAGUUGUAUCCUACCCUAAAUUGGAUAGCUCAGUGGAAAACUCAGAUGCUGGAUGUUCACAGCACCCUUAUCGGGCCACUGUACCGUCCGAGCUUAAGAAUCAUCACGUAAUGAACGGACAUUGUGGUCUAGCCCCAGCCUUGCUGAAGCAAAGUUCCCUUAAUAAAGAUAAUGUUUUGGUUUCUUCUGAGCAUUAUAUGUUGGGUUCACACCCUGCAGAUUGUAAAUACCCUAACAUUGCGUCAUCUUUGCCGAGUGGCUCUCUUCCUGCUCAAAGAAGCACUGCAGAUGGUUUUAAGCCAUCAAAUAGUGGUGGGGAUAGUGAAGUUUCCAACGCGAGUUCUAACCGUUCUGAUUCUAGUGUGAACAUUAUGGAUGAGGGACUGAUAAAUGGUUCUUUGGAAUUUGAGCCGUAUUUCCAAGAGGGAUACUACCGAGCAUCAGCUGUAAAUGAAUGCUGUGAUUCGGGUGAAGCAGUUGCUGAUGUCGAUAGUAACGGCAAUCCCUGUGAAAGAGAGAAAUCUGAAGAAGAUGGUGAUAAUGAUGACAUGCUUGGAGGAGUUUUCGCCUUUUCUGAAGAAGGUUGACGUUAUCCAUCGCGUGUUCGACCUCAUAAUAAUCUCUAUGAUCCGGACGCGCUGAUUGGACUAUUCAUUGGAAGCGGGCCGACAGACUGUAUCGCUCGUUCACUACAACUGACGGAGACAAGUGAAGCGACUUCAAUCCGAUGGCAUUGGUGUCGCUGUAUAUGAGCCCAGAUUUGAUUCUUCUAAUUCUCAUCAUGUAAAUACUGUAAAGUUGGGAAGGAUGAUCACAAAAAAAAAAAAAAUCAAUUGGUGUGAACAGUUGUUCGUACGCUUUUGUAACAUUAUUCAUUCUUGAAAAGAAGAAAAAAGGGGGAAAAGGAAUAAGAGGAAAAAGGAAAAGGGGAGGGUAAAUGUGCUUAUUUGAA